GUCAGUCAACAGUCUUUUUAAUAAAUUCCACAAAUAUAUGGUAAGAGAUUCUGCUGAAGAAUGGAGAGCUUCUCAGUGAUGAUGGCUGUCUGUUUGCUGGCUGGUCUAUCUGUAUGCCCGACUCGCAUUGAGGGCAAUCAGACCCAGAUCACUGAGUCGACACAUGAAGACAAACUGGUAGAGAACGAUGCUAUCCAGAAUCUUAACCAAGGGCUGGAAACAACAGACUCACCAACCCACUCAAGCUGUGAACCACCCAUCUAUACAGUGCUAAAGGAUCUGGGGGCUCUGCAAGAAAGGCUUGCAGCUACCGUGAAAGCCCUGGAAGAAACGAACAAAAAACUGGAGGACAGUGAGAGGAAGCUGUCAGCGCUCAACAGCACGGUGACUAAACUAAGUACAGUGGAAGGGUCGCCUCGGGUUGCAUUUUCUGCUGCAUUACCAGUAGAUGGCACCAUUGGUCCUGUAAAUGUUUUUUACCCUCUGGUGUACAGACAUGUGUACUCCAACAUUGGAGGACAUUACAGCCCAGAGACAGGUUAUUUUACAGCACCAGUAAAAGGAGUUUAUUAUUUCACCUUCACAUCCUUCUGCUGGGGAGCAAGUACUAAGGGCUGUGGUGGCACUUUGUACAGAAAUGCAAAUCGGAUAGUGUCGUGGUAUGAUUAUCCUUCAAGUCACCCCUCCUCUCAAUCCAACAGCGCCGUCUUGCAGCUGGAAGUUGGAGACCAUGUCAACGUUCGUCUGUGGCACAAUAUGAGGAUCAGUGAUAAUGUAAAUAAAUACUCCUCGUUCAGUGGAUUUUUGCUUUUCACUAUGUAGAGUGUGACGACGUGAUUUCACACAAAUCAAACUUUGAAUGAUGAUCCAAAGAUUACAAAGUAUAACGUGACUUUCUGUUAGCGCUUCAUGUUGUCAGUCAUUUAUACUUUUUACAUGACCUGAUUAUUGUUGGAGUACAUUGGAAACAAUAAUAAAACCUGUAUAUUUUAACACUUUAAUCAUUUUGUCAUAUCAGUAGAUAUGUUAUCUUGAAAAUGGGUAUAUUG